AUGAAACCAAAAGAAGAAUCAGAUUAUUUCUCCUCGUCAUAUCUUCAAGUUAAACCUAAUUUCAUGUUCAAUUCAAAGUCCAAACAAUCGUCAAUAUUUCAUUUUCUAUCAAUCUAUUUCUAUCUAAUUCUCUUUCUUCUCAUAUUUCUGCUAAGUUUUUUUAUAUUCUUUCAUACGAAAUCCUCCUCUCCAAUCACAACUCAUCAUCAGCGUUUGAAGAGACAAACGUCACAUGCAAUUGAUAAACAUCAUAAUACCGAUAUGUUACGUCAAUUACUACAACGUUCGACGUCAUCCGUAUUACCUGAUUGUACAAUCAAUAUGGCCUCAGAUGGUAUUUAUCAAAUACCAUCAGAUAAUUCCUUGUCAGCAUUGAUUAUACGUCUCGUUGAACGAACAUUUCAAAGCGAACUCGUUGAAAUCAAACGAACUGUUGAUAAAAUUCGCAUGAAAUUCAAUCAAACCGCGAGCUACUUCACUGAUUACUCACUAGACAAGAUUCGUGAUGACUUUCGCACUGAUCUGCGCAUGUUAUUAGCUAGUCGAAAAUAUUUUAAUGAACUCGAUAUACGCACAUUACCAAAUGAUAAUGGGGGUUCCGAUGUUUUGAAAUAUUCUCGUCCGACAACAGAAUUAGGUUAUGGUCUAGUCAAUGAAGAUCUAACUCGACAAGAUACUAUUUUGCAAACGUUUACUAUGACAAAUGUUCGUGAAACCUUAAAAUAUGAUUCCCAACGUCUUCUAACCAAUCAUCUUUGGUGGAUAGGACCUGUCCUAUGUGAGAAAAAUCCCAAUGAAACAUAUCUCAUGGCAAAUAUUCAUUCUCUUACCAAUGGAUAUUUUCUUAUCGCUUAUUUCAAUAUAUCAUCCGUUGAUAUCAAUCAAUGUGAGACAAGUGAUGUACCAUUUGGUGGCACGCAUAAAUGUCCAUUGGAUAUGGAGUGUAUACAUCAACCUGGUCAAGGGUUUACCUUAGGUGCCUAUAAAUGUUUCUGUCAAGGUCCAUAUAAUAAUCUAUCCAAGACAAUUGAGGGUCAACAUUUGGAAUGGAACGAAACAAUACAAGAUAAUCCUUUAGGACAAACUGGCAAUACAUGUAAAUGUAAUCCACAAUCAUGUUUAGUUAAAUAUAAUCGAUUUUUACGUACGAUAAUUAUUAUAAUUCAAUCAGCAUUCAUUGUUUUUGUUGCUAUACUCGCUGGCAUUGUUUUUCGAAAACGUAAAAUUAAAAUCAUCAAACAUUCAAUGUGGAUUCUGUUAGAAUUAGUUCUCUUCGGCGCAGCGUUACUCUACGCUUCAGUUAUUGUUGAUAGUCUUGGCCCGUAUGGAAUCGUUUGUUUAAUAAUGCCAUGGCUCCGUGAACUUGGCUUUACAAUUGUUUAUGGCACAUUAAUUUUACGUAUUUACAAAAUGCUGGCUGAAUUUCAAUCUCGAAAAGCACAUUGUGUUCAAGUCAAAGAGAAAGAUAUUUUGCGCAUAUUAUUUUUCAUUUCAAUCUCGAUUAUGGGUUAUUUACUCGGAUGGACAUUUGUUAAUAUUGAUCAUGCCAAUGAGAAUCUGCCCUUGCGGGAAUAUUUGCUUGGACAUGGUUCUACCUUUCGAAAUAAACGAAACUUUCAAACAUGUCGACCACGUUCGUGGGAUUAUCUUGCGCAAAUAGCGGAAUUUAUUUUCCUUUGUGUGGGUAUCCGUUUUAUCUAUAGUACUCGUACAGCACCGUGUGAAUACCAUGAGCGUAAAUUAAUUACUAUUGUUGUUGUUUGUGAAAUGCUUUUCUCGACAUUACUCCACACUAUUAAAGAUUGUCUAUGGGCAUCGAUCGAUCCGGAUACAUUUCUUAUAUUAUCCUUCUUUCGAUGUCAUUUAACCGUUACAUGUAUGGUUUUAUUUAUUUUUUGUACUAAAUUGUGCUUCAUGUUUCGAAAGGCAACGGAAGAAUAUACUUCUCGAGAUCGUUUCCGUUCAUUGCCCGAUGGAGUAGAGCCAGGUGAUAUCGUCGCUAAAUUACAAUCCAACGGGGAUAUUGAAUUUGGAGAAUUGAAUAUACGAGAUAUGGAUCCGGAAGAAAUUCGAGCGGAAUUAAAACGUUUGUAUUCAUCGUUACAUGUGUUAAAAACGAAAACAAUGCGUAAAGACAAUCCACAUUUGACAAAACGACAUGGACAACGACGGAAAAAUCGACGAUUUUCCAUGCAAGCAUUUCAACGUCAUGGCGGAACGAACUCAGGUGGUGUUGGAGGCGCGAUAAGCAACAUUCUAAGCGGUGGAGGAGACAAACAUGAUCAUGAUCCAACGAAAACUCCCGAAGAUAGUACUGGCAGUCAUAAUGAAACGACACAUUUCGGUGGCAUGAGUAUUUAUCGUACAAGUAUCGACGAUGGGGAGGAAAUGCGUGGACGAGCUUAUUCGGAUGUGGCCACGGCUUCACCAGCAGCUGGCCAACGAGUUACAUUCAAAUAG